CGUGAUUAUUGUGAUGCUCUUAUAUAGUGAUUAGUGAGUCGCAUGUCAUUCGUAAGCGCUACUUACUAAAAAACAAUCAGUAACAAUGGCAGUCGAAACUCCGAUUCACGUCCUCUUGGUGUCGUUUCCAGCACAAGGCCAUGUAAGCCCUAUGCUAAGACUAGGAAAGUGCCUUGCUGCAAGGGGUUGCUAUGUGACCUUCUCCACCACGAAGGGCACCCAAAAAAACGACUACACCAUGAACGAAACCUCGCCCACUUCCAUCGGCGACGGUUUUCUCAGCUUCGAGUUCUUCGACGACGUUGCGAGCGACGCCGAUCACCCCGCCAGGCGCAGUCUUUUGGACUACACAGCACACCUCGACCGCAUCGGGAAGCAAUUCGUUUCCGAAAUGUUAAAGAAACACGCCGAGGCAAAACGCCCCGUUUCGUGCAUCAUCAACAACCCCUUCUUUUCCUGGGUUAACGAUGUCGCCGCGGAACACGGCAUACCUACUGCACUUUACUGGAUCCACUCCGCUGCUACCUUCACCGCCUGUCACCGUUACUUCCAAAAACUGUCCCCUUUCCCCACAGACUCCUCGCCGUACACCCUCGUUGAAUUGCCAGGUGGCGUAGUCCUUAAACACAGCGAAAUCCCUGACUUUCUGCACCCCUUUAGUCGCACUCCCUUUCUCAAGACAUUGGUGAGGCAACAGUUUGAGAACUUGUCCAAAACAUUCUGCGUGUUGAUGGACACGUUCCAAGAGUUGGAGCAAGGUUACCUGGACUAUUUGUCGCAGUUCCACCUCGUAAGGCCCGUUGGGCCUUUGUUCAAGAACCCAUCAUCAGCAGCAUUGAGGAACGAUGAUUGCAUGGAAUGGCUAAACUCAAAGCCACGUGCGUCGGUGGUGUACAUUUCCCUGGGGACCAUUGUGUCUCUCUCUGUAGAACAGAUCGGAGAAUUUGCUCACGGGCUGUUGAACUCUCGAGUAUCGUUUUUGUGGGUGUUGAGUGGGUCUGAGAGGGAAGAGGCGCUGAAGGCUAAUGUUAUGCCAGAUGGGUUCUUUGAGAGAACGAGUGAGAGAGGGAAAGUGGUGCAGUGGAGCCCACAAGUGGAGGUGCUGGCGCAUCCUUCGGUGGCGUGCUACCUCUCGCACUGUGGAUGGAACUCGACCAUGGAAGCGCUGGCUUCGGGGGUGCCCAUGUUGACGUUCUCGCAAAUAAGUGACCAAGUCACGAAUGCCAAGUUCGUGGUGGAUGUUUAUGGGGUGGGGAUUCGAGUGCGUGGCGAUGAGACUGAGGAGAAAGUCAUAAGCAGAGAUGAAAUACAGAGGUUGUUGGUGGAAGCUAUGGUUGGGCCAAAAGCUGAGGAGUUGAAGCAAAAUGCGUUGAAGUGGAAGAGUGCAGCAGAGGCCGCAUGGGCCCACGGUGGCUCCUCUCACCGGAACCUUGAUGCAUUUGUUGAGGAUCUCAAGAAGCUAAGCCACGUGACAAAGACUCCUCAAUAGUUACCUCCAUCUCACUGUCACGAUGCAAUUUGUGUAUUCUUAAUUGUUGCUGCUGGUGGUAGGUACCAAGUACCAACUACCAAGUCUUUUUGCGUACAAGUGAUGCCACAAGGUGGCUCGUGACUUCGUCUGGGAUCUACUUGUUUCUGUCUGUUUUCUAAUUGUUGUCUCCUCUAGAUCUGCCUCCACGUUCUAUGCUCAUUUGUCGUUUUAUUUGAUUGAUUUGCACGUGUGUCUUGAAAUUCUACAAAAUUACAAGUAACUUAAAUCAUCAUGUAUUGUUUUAUAAAUAAUUAAAUAACUAGAAUAAUGAUUGAUGUGAUGCUUUAAAAAUAAUUAAGAAAAGUUAAAAGUGAUGUGUAACAAAUGUUUUUCUUAAU